GCUGCGCCAGGUUCUUACUCUAGGCCCAUUUGCUCGCGAGAGUUCCUCCGUCUAGCCUACUGAGAAGCUGUCGGACUUGGAGGCAGAGAAGAGUCGCGAGACUUGACUAGAUCACCCUUUCCAGACUCCGCCCCUCCAUCCCAGCUCUUCUCCUGGGGCAGCUUCCCCGUUUGCACGUGUAAUUGUUGUGGUUCAACCUCACGUGGCUGCGGAAGUGCCGGCGGCUUUCAAGAUGGCGGCGCCCAGUGUCAGGCGCCGAUGACUCGCCUCCGGUCUGAAUUACAGUCCUGAUCAAGUCUAUGGGGCCAUGGACCGGCCUGGGUUCACAGCCUCGCUGGUGGCUGGCGGAGUAGCAGGUGUCUCUGUUGACUUGAUAUUAUUUCCUCUGGAUACCAUUAAAACCAGGCUGCAGAGCCCCCAAGGAUUUUAUAAGGCUGGUGGUUUUUAUGGAGUAUACGCUGGAGUUCCUUCUACUGCUAUUGGAUCCUUUCCUAAUGCUGCUGCCUUUUUUGUCACCUAUGAAUAUGUGAAAUGGAUUUUGAACACUGAUUCUUCUUCAUAUUUGAUGCCUGUGACACAUAUGUUGGCUGCCUCAGCUGGAGAAGUGGUUGCCUGCCUGAUUCGAGUUCCUUCUGAAGUAGUUAAGCAGAGGGCACAAGUAUCUGCUUCUUCAGGAACAUUUCACAUUUUCUCUAACAUCUUAUGUCAAGAGGGCAUCCAAGGAUUAUAUCGAGGCUACAAAAGCACUGUUUUAAGAGAGAUUCCUUUCUCACUGGUCCAGUUUCCCUUGUGGGAGUCCUUAAAAGCCCUCUGGUCCUGGAGGCAAGGUCAUGUGGUGGAUUGUUGGCAGUCAGCAGUCUGUGGAGCUUUUGCAGGUGGCUUUGCAGCUGCAGUCACCACGCCUCUGGACGUGGCCAAAACAAGAAUCAUGUUGGCAAAGGCUGGUUCCAGCACCGCAAGUGGGAAUAUCCUCUCUGCCCUGCACGCGGUUUGGCGGACACAGGGGCUGUCGGGGUUAUUUGCAGGUGUCUUCCCUCGGAUGGCAGCCAUCAGUCUGGGAGGUUUCAUCUUUCUUGGUGCUUACGACCAAACUCGCAGCUUUCUGUUGGAACUUGGCAGAGAGUGCCCCUGAAUCAGAGAUGGCCCCUCCCUUCAAGAAAGGACCCUGCUGUGAGAAGAGUUUCCCUUCCAGUGAGCAGCUGUCCAGCCAUCUGAACAACGAGACACAGUGAGGAAGUCCAGUCCCGCUCGGGUUACAACAUGGAGGACAUGUCUUCCGCGCUGCAGGCUGGCUGGGGUGACGUCAUUGGCUCGUUUGCCAGAGUUGAGAGAGAAAAUGAUGUCCACAGCGGUACUUUGAACAUUUUUUUCCUCAACCCCUUAAUAAAUAAGCAUGGUAAUGCUGAGUCCAGGCCCUUUCAGAGCCUUCAUUUGAUCUGUAUCUGAUCUUUCAUUUCCUGCCACGUGAUAGUGGAGUCAGCCAAAGGCAGAGAUGCUUACAGUUUUAAGAGAAUGGCUAGAAGGAGACUUAGGGAAAAGGCUGGGGAUGUGGGCGGGUUUUUCCCCUGGGUUAAUUCUAGUUGCAUCAGCUUACAGCUUUGUGUAAAAAGAAUGAAGUACAGCUGCACGGCAAGCAUCCUUGCUGGGUAACCAAGCUGCUGGUCUUAAUGACCAUCAGAUUUCACCUAUAAACACACUUGUAUUAUUUUACAGAGAGGUGUCCAGCUGCUCCUGUGGUGUCUCGUGAGAGAGAACCCGGUCUCGGCUCAGUGACUAGGUGGGCCAUCACUGACCCCUCUCACUGUUUCAGACUCAGAGCAAGGGCCGGGGCUGGCUUUGGAACUAGGGUGGUUUCAUCCUUCCUAAUCAGUAAGGUUCAUUGUUAGGAAUUUUAAGCUCUACACUGGAAAUCGAAGAGACGAAGUAAGGUCACCAUUCUGGAGCUUGACUAAUAAGCUCCAGGUGUUAGAAAAAUUCAGAGAGAAAUCUUAGGAAUCUGGUGCUGGCAUGUCUUCCCUGGAGCAACAGUAUACAGUUGCUUUGACUAAAUUUUUUUUCCUUUUCAAGAAGUGAAAGGGUAAUUAAUUAGGGCAGGAUGACUCCCUUACAAAGGCAAUCUCUGGAAUUUAACCAGCCGUGCUUCAUCCUGUUUAUGUAGGUAUAAAACAACCCACCACACACUUAACAUGUUAUAAAUGAACCUUUAUUAAAGACACUUCAAUGCCAUUUGUUAGACACUUCAAUAUUUUACAUGUUUUUCAAUGUACAUUGUACCAAAAUUUCUAUAAAUAAAUAACUUUGUACAUAAAAGUAA